CACCAGAUUUUAACUCAUACUUUGAAAUUGUAAUGAAAAAAGGAACGACAUAUAUUAUCUAUAAUAAUAGAGUGAGAAGACCAUGUCGUUAGAAUAAUUGAUGUUGGAUAUUUUUUAUAAAGUAGUAAAUCUUUAUGCUAAAAUAGCGAAAACCAAAAAAAAACAAAGAAUGAUAUAAAUAAAAUUAUUAAGCAAUUAAUUAAGACCAAUUGAGAUAAAAACAAUCAGUCGGAUUCUUCCCAAAAAUCCUGACAAUAUCGAUAACUUCGUUGUGAAUGUGGUUCCAAACCUCACAAUGGGCUAAAAGUAAUCGGUAAGUCACCGAUUAAUCUCGCAAAUAAUCUCCAUCAAGAAAUGAAUUUUAAGAUAACGGGAAAAUGUUUGAACUAAUAGUCUGCUUUUCAUUUUCUUCCGCAAGAUUCUCAACUCGCUAUUAUCAGAGUUUUUCCGAAGGCAUUGUUCAACGAAUUUUUCGUCUAAAACUAUUUUUUUCAAUUUUUUAUUUUUAUCAAUAUCUGAUAAAUAACUGGCCAAUCGCCGGUACAGUGAAUGACUCGAUAACGUGAUGGUUAUUUAUCGCACGGUAUCUAUCACGAUUAAUGCUACGAAAUGAGCUUUAGUGUCCGACGAACGACCGUGACUAGUUCAGUCGGUUGUUCACGUUCAAUUUGAGUUCAUUAAACUGUUUUAAGAUAUUACCAAUGAUCUGUGAAUAUUUAAAUUAUGUUGGACUCUGGCGAGGGCUAAUUGACUAAUUAGUUGAGGGCACGAUAAACAACGGAUGACAGAUAUAAUCGGGAAUUUAGUGAAAAUAGGAAUGGGAAACAGAACUUCCAAACGGAAGAAUGGAAAUGCCGGAAAAAUUCCUCCGACGAGGGACUCUAGUGAUUCGGGGGAUGAUGACUAUUUCAAUGAGAUUCAUCAACAGUGGGAGAACGACGCCGAACUGAGGAUCAUGAGGAGACAUAUUGUGCGGGACUCCGAGGUCUUCAUCCUCAAUAAUCUCAUGAUGUCCGUCCAAUUCUUCGAGAAUUUCGAUGAAGAAAUGUCGGAAAUUCAAAAGACAUCAGUGUCUGUUCGCGAAGCGGAAGUGAACUUGCUCCUGCCGACGCAGAAGCACGCCCUCAUACCGGAUGUACUCCAGGACCAAGUGGCGAAGAAAGUUGACUUUAUCUACGAGAGACCAAGUCUGAUUUUUUCAGUUGAGCCUCUCCAACCAGUUCGGCUCUAUAUUGUGUUCAAUAAUAUUGAAAUUACAGAGGAGAAUUUUGCGUCUCCAUACAGUACUGUUGAUGAGACGGAGACAUAUAGUAUGCAGUUAAAGCAGAGUAAACACAAAGGUUACGCCCUCCUCCAACGUCUCGAGGUGCACCCCUCCCGGAGGAAGGCAGACCCGCCCGAGGAGCCGGCUGACAGUGACGUAGAAAGCCUCUAUGAUACCAACGGCGACCUCCCAAAGUCCCACGACAAACGAUCCCCCUUUAAGUCUUCCCCCUCCCCAAGCUCAGAGAGCUAUUACGAUCCCCAGAGCUCCAAAAAAUCCCAAACCCACCAAUCACCGCACAUUCGCUCCAAAAUCUUCACAUCAUCCUCAGCGAGUCCAGCGGAGAGCACCAGUUCUGGCUACCGAUCUGGCCACUAUACGGUCGACAGCGACAGUGACACAGGCUACAGUGCUGGCUACCCUAAAUCUUCAAGAUCAACCUCAGAACUACCAAAGACCUGCUUCACCUACACCACCGAUGACCACAUCUAUGGGACGAGAAAGGAGCGACGGCAAAAGCUGAAUCAAAAAGACCGAGUCAUCAGAGGUGUCAUUCACAGUCAAAUCUACGAGGUCUGGUACCUGAAUUCUCGUAAAUUCAUGGAACACUUCUACCACCAUUUCACAAACGACCUUGCCGACCUAAUGGGCUUUGACUCGAAGAUUCAGGACGAAGCUCAGGGGGCGAUAAUCUAUCGAGAUAAACUUGAGCUAUUAGACUCGACGACUUGUUUGAAGGACGAGCAGUUUGCAAUCACUCCUUGUGUCUGGUCAGCCUGGCCGGAGAUGGCGCAUGAGUGGCUUGAGCGACCUCGUGGUGACUGGCCAGAAUACGAGAUGCUGGAGAAGAUCAAGGAGAGCGGCUGUCACCUGAUACCCCAAGGAUAUAGCUCAGAAAGAUCUAAUAACGAUUCACAGAGUCUUGAGUGGGAGGUGAUAUUUCCCGCUGCGGAGAGGUACCUCGAGACCUGCAUGAAUCAUGCACAGGUGAAGGUGUACGUGAUGGCGUUGAUGCUGCAGAAGACGUUCUUCAGGCCGAUUGAGUCGGUCGUUGGGCUUGGGGGGAUGCACAUACGGAAUCAGCUGUUCUGGCUGAUCGAGGAGGAUGAGAGAUUGGUUAGAUGGCUGGAGAGCAGAUCUGGGGAGAAUAUGUUGAAGCUUCUCAGCUCCUUGUACAAAGCGAUCAGUCAGGAUGAGCCGGUUCUACCAGAUUAUUUCCUCAGGGACAAAAACCUCUUCCAAGGAAAGAUCUAUCUACUGAGGACCCAAAAACAGUUGAAGCGGAUCAUAGAGAAUCCAGUGAUGUAUGUUUUGCAUGCGAUGCAGAAUAUCAGGCACAGUAGGAGGUUUUUUCCUGUGAUGGAUACAGCCAAGUUGUUUAGGAUUCUAACGGAGGAUGUGCUGACGAUCAUCAAUCCUAAGAUCGCAGCGAAUGGCAGCGGCCCCCAGGAGAAUGGAGAACCAGUGUAUGGACCGGGUUAUGGGUUAUGGAAUAAUGAGAGGAAGAAGGAGAGAAAGGUGUACGGAACGAGAACCGUAGCGAAAAAGAGUCUGAUUGAAGCGAAAUCAUCGGCUGAUCAAGUUGUGGAGAUCGAGGUUCGAUGUGCGGAUAUGGAUCAGCAUAGACUCGGUCUCGUCCUGAACUUCUUCAUUCCGCACUUCAUAAAAGUGGCCGAAUGCUACCACGAGUACCGAGCCAACAGCCAGAAGACGACCUACAUAGAACACGCAGAGAGACUCUGCGUUUUAUUAUCAGAACACUCCAGGCAUCGAGGCACAGCUAGAACUUAUCUGGAUAAACUCAAAUCCCUGAAACGAAAAGUCAUGAGUUCAAAAUUACAGGACGAUCCGCCAGCGACACCCCAGAGAAACAGUGAUCGACCAAUCUUCACAGCCCCUCUAAACGAACGUUAUGAAUCCCCACCAAUUCCUGGUGAAUCUCAAUCAAUACUUCGCACUCCCACCCCCGCAGGAGCUUUCGAUCAGAAAAAUGAUGAAUCAGCGAGUACCUACGAGCCUGAAAUACCCUCGGGGGCUCGCAAACGAGUGACUAUGGCGGUUGUGCAUGAAGGUGAUUCUGGAGAUGACGAUGGGGAAUUGAGAGGUGUUCAAGGACACCAGGGGAAGUCGAAGACCAACAGGGUCGUAUCGCUCACGGAGAGUGAAAAGGCUUUAUCCGCGGCGGAAGACACUUACAUUUAGUGAAUAAUUAUACUAUUUCGUGAAUUUUUUAACUAAUAAUUAAAUUAUGCUCUUAUGGUAAUGAUUGUUCAGACCUUUUCAUUAAAGGUUUUCAAGUUCUUCUUGA